AUGCCCCUUCGAAUAGCCGACUCAACGCCGCGCUUUGCAGGCGAUGGUACUCAGCUCGUCAACUUCCUGGAGUCAGUAGAACGACUCGCGGAACCACUUGGUUUAACAGACAAAGAGAUCAUUAAGUAUGCACUGAAGUAUACAGCGCCUAAGCACAGGCAGCUUCUCUCAUACCGCGAAUUUGACAACUAUGUAGAAUUUGCUGAUCACGUCUUGGAUUUUUGGCCAGAAUGUGGUGUUUGCCACUAUACGCGCCCUAUCUUCGAAAAACUGGCCGCCAUCGAUGCGCCCCUUGCAAGCACACCUCUGCAUCCAGAACGCGCUCAAGAGCAACCAGAAGCAGCAAUCAUCGCACCAAUUCCCGAAACAUACGACGCCAUCCCUGCCCCAGUAGUCCAAGAAACGCACCAUCCGGAAGUAGAAGAUACCGCGCCUUUGCCCCUCGCUCCGAUGUCUCAAUCUGACCUUGUAUGCUCAUCGCACUUUAGCGCGCCUAAUCAGGUGCCUCCUGCAGCGCCAGAGCUUCAAUACGCGACACCAGUUGACCAGAGUACGCCCCUUGACGAUCCAUGCAUUACUGACGAAACCGCGCUUUUUAACGAUAGCAGUUCAUGCUCUUCAACCGAAUGUCCAAGUGGUGCAUCAGAUGCGCAUCACAUGGAUCAUGUUCCAGACGACCAAGACGCAUACCUUGACCAUGCUAGAACCACUCCGGAAGAAACGUGCUCAAAUGCGCUAAUGGUUUGUAUGAAUGUCCCUCAGUUAACGCGAUUUACGGUUGUUAUACGUCGAAAGCUCUCAAGGAGCAAAGCGCCUAUUUCCAUGUUGCCGCCCAUAGCCUAUCAGGCUGUUCAGGACAAUGUCCUUGAUGAUCUGCAUGCAUUUUCAUUGAGCGCUCAAUGCACCUUUGACAUAUGGAAGUUCCACGUUUUUGUUACUGACACCGUUUUGAUCCUCGCACUGGUUACCAGCUAUCUGCCUUUGAAGCACAGCCAUAUUGGCCUAGAUUCACCACCGACGCUUAGUAUUCCCACGCUCUGCGCGCGCCUGACCGUGCAAUGCGCUUAUGUUUGUGAAACUAAUCUUGGAAUCACCCCUCAAUAUCGCGUUUUUAGCCCUGCACUUGCCACUAAGCGCAUUUCAAGUACCUUGCAGCAGAUUACCGUCAACCAGAUGUUCAUGCACACACUCCUGAUGCCCUUCAAGCGCUCUCUGACCCACCACCAUCGCCAACCUCGCACCGUCCCUAUCCCAUAUCACCGGCUGUCCCACGCGAGCAUCGCGUUUCACCUCUAUGAGUGCGGAAGUCGCGGUUUAUGCAGAAGGAAGAAGAAAGAAGACGAAGAACCCCCUAGAGCGCGCCCCUCCGCAGUGCAUCCCUACCUUAUCACCGCACAUACCUCAUAA